GGCGAACUGACACAUUCAGCCAAUCAGAGUGAGCCUUCCAAGAAGCAGAAAAAGCUGAAGUUGUGCUAUUUCCCCCUCGACGAGUAACGUUGUCUGCGGAGUAAUGGAAACCACAUCGGUGUACAUGUGCUUCCCCUGCUACCAGGAGUUUAAUACUCUAGAAGAGGUCCUUCAGCACCAGUUGACAUGUACAGCUGAAGAGGAUCAAUCUAACUCUUCUGGAGCUGCCCCUGUUGAUGUUCCAGGGCUGCAGACACAGCAACAAGUAAUAAAUAUCUCCAGGGCAGUUGCGGUCCAACAGGAAGAUGCCUCAGAGAGCGCUGACCCACAGAUGGAAGCCCACUUGCUUCAUUCCUCUGUGCAGAACAUUAAGAAAGAACUUGAGGAUGCUUCAGAUGCUGAAAAGCAACCAACAGACCAGCCCAGAAUCCUUUACCAGUGUGGCGAUUGUGAUAAACUGUUCAAGAGCCUCGAGGAGUGGCAGCAGCAUCGGAAAGAAGGGAACUGUGAGCAAGCUGCCUCCAAGUCAGCAUCAGACUCUCAUGAUGAGCCAGAGACCUCCACAGCUGAGAACCAGGCUGCAUCAGUUAAUACAGAUGAUUCAUUUGUCCCACACAGUGAGAGCAGCGACACCCUUAAACCAGGACAGGAGGAAACCCCUGUGGAUGCAGCCGAGAUGCAAGCUGCAGAGACCCCCACAUCUAAGACCUCAGAAGGUCUUGCCGCUGAGGUGUCUGCUUCAGAUGAUUCGUCUCCAAGGCGGAGAGGCUUAAUCAAGAAACCAAAGCCUGAAGCAGUGUUACUGUGUGUUGAUUGUGGCUCGUGCUUUGGCCUGGUGUCUGAGCUGGUCUCCCACCGCAAGACCAAGCAUGGCUUUGAGGAAGCUCUGCACCGCUGCUCUGUAUGUGGAGAAAGCUUCUUGAACACCACGCUUUUCCUCUAUCACCGCAAGCAGCACAGACAGAAGGGCGAGGAAACGGUGCUAGUGGUCCCCGAAGUGACCCCAGAGAUUUACACCCUAAACAAUGGAAGCAAUGUGCAGGAUGCAUUCUCUUCCUCUAGCACUGAGACACCCACAUUUACACAGCCCGAGCUGUUCUUCUGCACCCACUGUGGACAGAGUUUUGGAGAUGGUAAAAGCCUUGCGACACAUCGUAUGGAAAAACACAGCCUCGGUGAGCCCCUGCACACUUGUUCCCACUGCGGAGAAGACUUCAUGAACACAACUCAGUUCCUGUACCACCGGCAGCAGCAUCGCUUCACCUCAAUGAGCGAGGUGGCCCAUGGGGUGGAGAUAAGCGAUGGAUCCGACACCGUAGGCUUUGAGGAUGGUGCACAAAGCUCAAAGAGACUGCUCUCCCUCUCUGCUGGUGAACCUGGAUCUCCCCUUCCUAAGAGAGGGCGGCCUUCGUUCAGGAUCGUAAGUGCUAAUGCACAACAAGGAAACAGAGCCUCCAAUAAUGACUCUGAGGGCAGCGCUGCAGCUGACAUGACCAACACGAACCAACCUCCACCUGCCAAGUUGCUGCAGGACUGGGCCAGAACGCCGCUACCCCACGUUUGCCCUUACUGCGGCAAAACCUUCACAAGACGCGUCUUCCUCCGCACCCACGUCUACAGCCACACCGGCGAAAAGCUCUUCACUUGCAAGGUGUGCACAAAGUCAUUCACCAAUUCCCAGAGCCUGCUGCGACACAGCAUGAACCACACAGGCAACAAGCCCUUCUGCUGCGAUGUUUGUGGGAAAAGCUUCUCGCAGGCAACCACCCUGAAAAGACACCAACUCAUUCACACAUCAGUGGAGCCUCCGCGCAAGAGAGGACGCAAACCAACGUGUAACGUGGACAGUGAAGGAUCUACUGCUCUCUUCGCUUGUCCAAACUGUCCCUCACACUUCAGCACUGAAGAACAGCUCAAUGAUCACAGAUUGCUCCAUACAAGCCACCCAUUCCCUUGCCCUGAAUGCGGAGAACCCUUCAAACGCAGGAAAGACCUGGACCUUCACUCCCUCAUACAUCAAGACAAGCAGCCGGUGACCUGCCCUCACUGCUCGUCCCAGUUUAUCAACCAAUCUGUGCUGGACAUCCACCUGCAGCGUUGUCCUGCCACAGAGGAGGAGAGGAAUACCGGCCGUGGACGUGGACAAGGCCGAGGACGCUCCACUGGACAGAUUGAAUGUGACCUCUGCGGCCAUCGCUGCAUGACCCAAGAGGGCCUGGAUCUCCACCGCUUAUCCCACACGGGCCAGACACCGCUCAAGUGCCCGGUGAGGCCCUGCCGCCGGCGAUUUACCUCCAACAGCGCCCUGGAGAAGCACGUGCUGGCCCAUUUCCAAGGAACGCUCUCCAAGUCCAAAACCCGACCGCGGUUCCGCUGCGACAUUUGCCUAAAGGAGUUUGCCUACAAUUCCACCUUCAGCGUUCACAUGAGGACACAUACUGAUGAGAGGCCCUUCGAGUGCUCCACCUGUGGGAAGCGUUUCCGGCAGCUGCCCCAUCUGCAGGACCACGAGCGAAUCCACACAGGUCUGCGGCCUUUCUGCUGUUGGAUCUGUGGCAAGAGCUUCAGCGUGGCCGCCCGUCUCACCGAGCACGCCCGCACCCACAGCGGCGAGAAGCCCUACCCGUGCCCCCACUGCUCCGCUGCCUUUCGCUCUCGUCCCAACCUGGACAAACACUUACGGCAACAUGGAGACCUUCCCCCGGAAGCAGCCGAGCAGGUGGUGCAGGCCGCUGAGGUUGCCCACGUGCAGAAGGUGUUGGAGGGGGCCAAGGCGCUGUCCACCUUGUCCACAACAACGGAGUUCGAUUCUGGCACCGUUCAGACCAUAUAUGUGCUGCAGGAAGGCGAAGAAGACUGUGAGACGGUGAUGAUCCCAUCCGAUCAGCUCAGCGGCAUAGAGGGAACCUCGCAGGUCGUCAUCCUGCCCUCAUCUGUUCUGGGAGGUCAGACUAUUACAGUUCCCACCAUCACCAUGGAGGAGAAUGAAAUCACCAUGAUGGAAACGAGCCAGUCACCUCAACAUGCCAUUGAGUUCAUUGUGGAGGAGACGGUGUGAAGCCAAACUAGAAAACAUUGAUGAGUUGGAAGAUGACAUUUACUAUCCUAAACUAUUUUAGAUUUUCGAUUCACUUUGAACAUUUAUUGGCACACCCAGAAAAUGUGUAAAAAGUCUUUAAAACUCUGCUUUUACUGUAGCAGCAAAACCCUGCCCUAAAAACAAACAAAAAAAACCUUUAAGGUUAUUUAUUCAGUGGAAAAAUGGAAAAAUAAUGUUUUUUUUUUACCAAAAUCGCUUGUUGAGCAAUUAUUGGCCCCCUGCUGUUAAUGCUUUGUGAAAAUGGGACAGCACCUGUUCUUCUCUUGACAUAUUUCAUUAGCACAGAGCUAACUGACAAAGGUCAUUCUGGAUCCUGAACUCCAGGAUCCUCUCUUAUACUCUCUUCUCUUCAGCUCACACAGCAAGUUUCUAAUGGGAUUUAGGUCCAAUCUCCUGAGCUAGCUAAAGGGUAAAGGUUUAUUUUGUGUCCUGGGAGCCAUUUCUCUGUUGAUUUGGGGUUUUGUAUUCAGGAUCUCCUUUUAUUUUGAAGACUUCAUUACACCAUGCUUCCAAACACGGUACCUCUCAGGAAUGAGGUUUGUUUUCCACAUCUUUAUCCUUUGUUUCACACCAAACCCACCUGGAGUCUUUUCUUAUCUAACCAAAACACCAGGGUUUAGCCAUUGCAGAGUUUGGCGCGUUUAUGUGUAUGAGAAUUGGAUAGAACAUUUUUUUUUUUCUGGGAUCAUUCCCAAACAAUUGGUUGACUUGUGGAGACGGUUGUUGUAGAGAUCUGGUGAGAGAUCCCAGUCUUUGCUGCAGUUCUCUAACACUGAGCUUCCCAGCCUAAGCAUGAACUCUAAUCAGUUCUAAUUCAUUUCAUUUAAAUGGAAAGGUAGGGGGAUAAAAAUUGUCACUAAUGUUUGUAAAAACAGAUUUUUUCCUAGAAAAUGAAUUUACUCAAAAUAGAGUUUGGGUGUCAGAUUUUGCUUCUACAGUAAGAGAGGAAUAUUUUUCAAGGCUAUUUACACAUCUUUACCAGGGGUGCAAACAAAUAUGUCCUUCUCUGUAUAAUUUCACUUGAGGUAGAAACAGUUUCUGUAGCAGUAUUAGCUAACGGGGUAAAGGUUGAUCUGUUCGGGGGAUGAGCUUAUAGUCAUUUGAAGUGAUUUAAAAACUAAUUGUGAAAUUAGCUUUUUGAUUCUAAACUAAUGUGUUUUUAUAGCCUGUAAGGUUAAAAACUUGUCCUUCUGUGAAAUGUUCUCUGCUUUCCUAAAAAUAAAAAGCAUCCGCUUA